CUUGCAGCAUUUGAUCAACGCGUCGAACACCAUACCACCAGAGCACACGCUAUACACAGCACACGAUGAGUUACAACAAUUACGAAACCUCGUACACUUCGUACAAUGCAGGUGGAGGCGGCGGUGGCGGUGGAUUUAUGCCCGAUGGCAGCCAGAACAGCCCUAGUAGAGGACGAGAAAAUGCUCAAGACUCGCUCCGCCCCGUGACCAUAAAGCAAAUUCUCGACGCACAGCCUGAUGCAUCCGGCGACGAUUUCAAGAUUGAUGGCAACAAGAUCUCACAGCUCACUUUUGUCGGACAAAUACGCAACAUCGCUACGCAAACCACGAACAUCACAUACAAGCUCGAUGACGGUACUGGCAGCAUCGAGGUGAAGCAAUGGAACGAUGCCGACGCGAUGGAGGCGAGUCCCCUUAAAUCAAAGCUUGUAGAAGGAGCUUACUGCAGGGCUUGGGGAAAGUUGAAGAGCUUCCACGACCGACGGCAUGUCAACGCGCAGAUCAUUCGUCCAGUCGAGGACAUGAACGAAGUCCAAUAUCACCUGCUCGAAGCCACAGCAGUCCACCUACACUUUACUCGCGGACCUCCGGGUGCAUCCGAGAACGCAGGCAGUGCCGCGCCAACAAAUGGCGCUGUCCAUCAGACAGGAGCUGGAUCAACUCUUGCGGGAGUUAGUAACUUGGGUCAGCGAGUCUACAAGUUUUUGCAGAGUCACCCAGACAACAACGAAGGCGUCAACUAUCAGGUCAUUGCCUCUCAGAUUGGUGUCGAUACUGUGGAAGUGGGCAGGGCGGGUGACGAACUGCUCGAAGCUGGUCUUAUAUACACCACGCUCGAUGAUAUGACGUGGGCGUUGCUCGACACAGCGUGAAUAUUUGGAUGUGCGCAGGCGGCGACAGAAAAACGAGGUGCGAAUCAUGUACAGCCAAGAUUGGGCAGAGCACAGCAAAGUACGGCGAAGAUUGUACCUAGUAGGUGCGUGGUUUCAGCCCACAUUUACGCACAUAACUAUCGACGGUUCUGCGCGUUCGUAGAUAAAAACAAUAUGCAAGCUGCGACAAUAGUUGUCGCCACCACUGUA